AUGACGGAGACUGCAGGCUCGAUCUGUCAUGUAGCUAUUACCGGUGCAGGUAUUGCCGGUCUCGCCUUAGCCAUGGCUCUCCACACCCAAGGUAUCUCGUUCAUGCUCUACGAGGCGGCCAAAGAGUACUCCACUGUAGGCGCGGGUAUCGGAUUUGCCCCGAACGGCAUGCGCACGAUGGAUCUGAUCGAGCCGCGAUUCCGACCUCUCUAUGAAGGUGUUUGUGUGGGGAAUAAAGGUGACCAUGCGAAGAACGUCUUUUUUGAAGGAAUGCUACUGGAACCUGGCUUUGGCCGUGAUCGACCCUGGUAUGGAAACUCAGCUUGGGGGCAUACGGACUUUGUUCGCCGAUCGGCCCAUCGAAAGGCGUUGCUUGAUAUUAUGACCAGCUUUAUUCCUGUCGAAAAUGUCCAAUUCAACAAACGCCUCACGGGUAUCGAGCAGGACACAAAUGGUGUCACCCUUCAGUUUUCAGACGGCACAACCGCUGCUGCGAGCAUUCUGGUCGGGGCUGACGGUAUUCAAAGCAUCGCAAGAAGUCAUGUUCUCGCCGAUCAACCAACUCAGAUCGCACCUGUCUAUGCAGAGGCAUAUUGCUAUCGAGGUGUGAUUCCAAUGUCAGAAGCUUAUGAGAUUCUUGGGGACCUCACGGACGUCGCCAAGUUCUAUUUUGGACACGGACAAGGUGCGGUGACGUACAGAAUCAGUGGCGGCGAGGAGUUCAAUUUUCUUCUCUGUGUUGCUGAUCGAAAAGGGGGUUGGAAAGUGAAAGACGCUGUCACGGAACGACUUUCACCAGAUAUCAUGAUGUCUGAUUUUCAAGGCCCCUACGUGGAUAAAAGGUUCCGAAAGCUUCUGAGCAAAGCCCAGCCGGUCAAGUGGGGGUUAUUUCAUCAUCUGCAUACCGAGACCUACUUUCGUGAUCGUGUUGUUCUGAUCGGCGACAGUGCGCAUGCAUCUCUGCCUUUUCAAGCGGCGGGCGCGGCCCAGGGUCUGGAAGAUGCCCUCGUCCUGUCGAGAAUUCUUGUAGAAGUAGCGCAAAAACCGGAGGACAGCUCAAGCCAAAUCAGAGCAGGUCUAGCCGCGUAUGACUUGGUCCGUCGUCCGCGAGCGCAGAAGCAACUCGAGCAAUCGGCGGAAGUGAGUCGGAUGCUUUUCAUGCAGCAUGAGGAGGCUGGAGCAGAUAUGAAGAAUAUUCUGUCUCGUCUGCAAAAUGGGCGGUUCGAUUGGCUUUGGUUUCACGAUAUCAACGUGGAUGUUGAGGCGGCGCUCGCCAAAAUGCGAGACGCAUAA